UUGUUAAAUAGUUAAAACAUUAACAACUGUGUAUAUAUUAACGAAUUUGUGGUUUUGGUUUAUAUAUAGAUGCAUUCAUAUGAAUAUAUAUAUAUACAUGUGUACAUAAGUGCAUAGAACCAUGCAUCUGUAGUACCAUGACCAUAUUCAUCGGGCCAUGCAGUUCGUUAGUGCUUUCCUUUUUGUGAAUCAUGUGCUACAAAUAUAUAAUGAAUAUAAAAUUGGUGGAUGUAAACAUUUAGUAUAUUACUUAUGGAUUAUUUUUCUGCAAACUUGAAAUGGCAUGUUUCCUAGUUGCACAUUGUUGCAGUGAAUAAAAUAAAUUAAAAGAAUAUGGUAUGCAAUUGUAAAAAAGAUUACAUUAGCUGAAAGAAUGUAUAUUAAAGAUACGCCAAGUACGCCGAUCAUUAUAUCAUCACAACUAUUAUUCUUCGGAUUUCAUCAUUCGGCUGGCGACACUAAUCAGGAUUUGCGGUAAUUAGGAAGACGAGUUGUAAUCUCAGCAAAAGUAGUUUGAUCAAGUGGUUAUGUCACAUAAUAAAUGCAUGAGUUAGCUUUAUACAAAAAAUUAUCAAAUAAGAAAUUUAUAUUAGAACCGAAUAUAAGCGACUUGCGGCAGUAAAUGCUAUGACGAGAAUUACGAUAUUAUCCUCAAAUGGGAAUGUGUUUGCGGCUCCCUGCGAACAUACGAUUAAUCUGGGAAUAAAUAGGAAAACAACUGCGGUGUCCAGAAUAAGUAUUGUCGGCACUACUGAACGAAGUAGUGGACGACGAGAGAUUGAAGGCAGCUACGCACGCUAUAAUAAAAACAAAAGGGAAGCUUAUAAAUGUUGCAAUUUUUGCUGUGAUAACUCAAGGCUUCAGGCUGACACUUCUUUACCGAUAACUCGAUUAAAAUUGCCUGAAGUUGGAAGUCAACUGAUACCGAGGACAUGGCAGGAAUCAAUUCAACCGCAGAUUGCUACCAACAACUUAAAUGUAACGCAAAAUCCACGUUACAGUCUACAACAUACAGAAGCUGAGAUUUAUUCCAGGAAUGUUGAGCAGUCGCAAAAUUAUGACAGUGAAAUUAUCAAAUCGAGUUCAAUUUUUGUCGACUUUCCAAAUUAUAAAUUCAUGAAUGAAUUUACUGCAGUAUAUAGUAAAACAAUAAUAACAAAUUGUAGAUAUGAUUAUGAUUGUUGUUCGAAUAUGUUGCAUGCACUUGACGAUAGUGUCAAUGCAAACCAACACACUUGUGCCAAUGAAGUGUCUUCAGGUGGUUUUCAUCAAAUUUGUUGUGUUUCCCCAGCUUCUGGAAAAAAUAAAUGCAGCAGUUAUAAAACCAGCGAGAUGAAAAGUAAGAAUUCCAGAAAAACUCGUACAAGUGUUGCGGGUACGAAUGGCAUAUUCAACACCCAAAUGUACGUCAAUACGAUUCAUUAUAUAUUGUUAAUAUUAUUGUCACUGUCACAAGUGCGUUGGACGCAUGCUCUACUAUUGGUUGAGUCGAAAUAUUUGAGGCCUGCUGAUGAUGAUUUCGUGGCUGAUGGUGUCAAUAAUAAGCACUACAUAAAUACUAGCAUUCCCAGCGAAAGCAGUAAUCGGAUUGCCACGAAGCCCGGAAUGGUCGUUGGUGGAGUUAUUAGUGGUGGUUCACCAUCCAUUUCCAGUGGUUACAUGGAUAAAAUGAAAAUGAACAAUUUGGAAAGAAGCGUAGCAGCAGUACUAAAAAAAGUUGCCUACGGUACAACGUCGACUACAAAGCGCAGUAUUCCUGACACUAGUUACGUGCCAAGUUUAACAACAAUUGCCACACCCUUGUUGACAACUCUACGGUAUGCCGAAAAGACAUCGCAACAACAACAAAUUAAUCAUCAUCAUAGAAAUUAUGAGUUAGAUUUGGAACGCGAUCAUGCAUUGCCAACGUCGGCGCCCAAUGCCGAUAUACUAAAAAGUAAUAGUAAUCCAACUUAUCCCAACCCGAAUAGACAUCAUAACCAUGAACGUGAGCGCCAUAGACAUGUGAUAAACUCUACACCUUUGCCCUCAAUACCGAACAUUCUUAAGAAAAAUAAUGGCCAGAUACCCACCAUACCAAUGUAUCCAGGUGAUAUUCCGUCAUAUUCUCCACCAGCUCGUUCAUUUUUUACUCCGCGGUUGCCAGCAGAGUUUCAGAAUCCUUUUGCUGAUAAACCAACUCUACGUGGCACUAAUAAUGAGGGCAUUGCACCUAAUACAGGAACAUAUAUAAAUCGGCGCCCUAUACCACCACCAAGUUUAAUGCCUGGUCAUGAACGUAUACCAUUUCGUCCACCCGAUUUAGCGGCAUCUACGGGGAACAAUUCACCUGACGUAUCAGUGGCCCUUGCACCAACUGGUAAUAAUAGUGCUUCUAAUAUACCGUUGGGCGUAAGCGCAGAUAUAGAUCGUAAGAAAGCGCUGAAUACGCCAUCGCGUACCAACGUUGCCUAUGGUAAUGCAAAUGUUGAUAAUACAAAUGUUGGCGGCUCUAUACAAACAAUGACAAGUGAUACCAGCAAAAACUUUUAUGAUAGUACUAAAUCACAAGAGCUACCAUUACAAAAUAAUAAUGGCCCAAAACAACACUCUACCCGUCAAGAAGUUUUGCCAAGUAUACGACGAAUUUUAAGUGGUUCGAAUGGUAAAGGCGAUAUACCAGAAGUACUAUUAAAACAAGCUACAUCUCGACCGAUUACCAAUUACAACCAACCGCCCUCUUCACCGGUUGUGCUACUAGAUGGUACUAAUGUAGCGCAACAAAUUGAUAGCGUGGAAGAUAGUGGUAUGUGGAGUAGCUCAAACAUUAACAAAAGUAAGAAUAGUCCAGCCUUGAGCAGCGGUACGGAGAUAUAUGAUGCGACAAAAACAGAUUCUAGCGAACAUAUAUAUACCGCCAAGACCAACACUUUCAAUGAGCACUCAUAUGGUGGCACAAAUGGUAGCGGUAAUGGAAGCAGAAACGGUAGCACCUCCACACCGUCAACAGCAGCGGCCAUAGGUGGACAAUUGGGUGUGAAUUCUGCAGCUGCAGCUGCUGCCGCCACUUCUACCACAUCGACCAUCCUCAGCGCGACAGUUGGUAAUAAUCCGACGUUGUCAGCUACAGUUGGCAGUGGUAAUACUGCCAGUGAUAAGGGCUCAUCAGCGACGUCGUCAUCAACAGCUGCUGCCGCCUCCUCACACUCUACUUGGACGGUCGCAUGGAAUAUCCAUGUAUAUUUUUCCGUUGUACUCUUCACAAUUUUGGCAGUUUACUCCUUAUACAAAGUCCUUACUUACAAUAAGUUAACGCAUCUAUUUUCUCAAUCAUAUUUUAUGUGUAUUAAUCUAAUUUUGAUUGUAAUUUGUUCGGCACGCAUUUUCUAUCUGUGUUACGAUGCUUAUAAUAUCCACGCUACGUUUAACUUGUUCAUUUCCGAGCUAUUAUUGAAUUUGCCGGCUACGUUAUUGACCAUUUCUUUUUCAGUGCUGAUUUUGUAUCUCUUUUUGAAAGCUUUGAACCAUAAAAACAACCGUUAUUCUGCACUCAUACGGCCACUAACCGUUGUUGUGGGUUGUGGCGUGCAUGUGUUGCUCUGCAUUACACUGCAUUAUGUUGAGUCGUAUACGCUGCAGAAUCAACAACAACAACACUUAUUGUAUCAACAGCAGCAACAACAGCUACUCUAUCGUCGUCAGCAACAGCAACAACUGUUGCAUCAACACCAUCAUCAGCAACAGCAACAACAAUAUAUUGCGGCAGCUACCACAAAUUUUCUGGUGUCGGCAACUGGUUUUAAUACUCAUUCGGCACUCUUUCUUCAAUCAGCCGCUGCAGCUCCGACUACCAAUGUGAUAGGCAGCACACCACCUCCAAGGGUACUCUCACUGAUAUGCCAGAUUAUAUACAUAUUUGUUUGUUUGUUCCUGGGAGUGCUGUACCUCUAUUUAUAUCGUAUUCUAAAGCGUAUACUUCGUAGUAAAUCUCAAAAUUAUAUACAUGGCUAUCAGAAUCUCUCUUACGCUAUACAUAUCACCAUAGCGACGGCUUUGUUAUUUGUCCUAUUGGCUGCCUUACAAAUAUUUGGCGCCAUCAGUAUAUCCACAACACGCCCACUGAUACAGCAGUUAACAGCUGAGAUAGAUUGGUUGCAGUGGGGUUACCAGUUCUCCUUGCGUUUGAUUGAGAUUUCCAUAAUAACUCUGCUAUCGUGGGUGGCUGGAUUAAAAACCAGUGGUGGCAAUAAUGGAGUAGGAGUUGGUGCCAAUGCAGCGGCUAAUGGUGAUGCUCGUUAUGGCGUAGCGGGAGGCAAUGGUGGUGGAAAUGUCGUGUUUGGAAGUGGUACAGGCAAUCCUAAUCGGGAGAAACAUGCGCACCAUCACUUUCAUCACAAUCAUUCGAAUGUGGCCGGAUUUUUCCUGCCAUGCACAUCUAGUUCGAGCCAGGAACAGAUAGAUACUGAUUACCCAGCAGUUUGUAACGCAAAUACGAAUCUGCACACUUACACAAUGCGUACGGGCAAACUGAUAUACGAUGAUAGCUUUGCUUUGAACUCACUGUCUGCAAAUGGACAAUCACAAUUAAAUGGUGUUGGUAGCAGUGCAACUCCAACCGGCAACCGAAAUACUAGUGAAUUUCAAUUGCAGACUCAACCGACAUAUCAGCGACCAUAUGAUUCGGGGUCUAUUAACAGCGCAAUGGCCAACCAUAAUACAAGUGAAUAUGGUACACAGAGUACAUUAGCUGGCGGUGGUGUUGGUGCAUGUGGACGCUAUAGCCAUGAGGUGCCUCAGUAUACAGAUUAUUUGACGGAUGCAACUACUGAUCAUUAUGAAAAUCCAAAUUUUGAUUUGCGUGGUUCUGUAAGUGGUUCAGGGUUUGGAGUAUCUUCAGCAAACCCUGGUGGUGUACCAAAAUUUACCAAAACCUCGACCACUUCCACUACUGCUAGUAGUAGUGGGGGUUCAGGUUCAUCCGCCGCUUCGCAGCAGCAAAUGUUGCUUUUACAGAGUGAUAGUUGCUAUUCAGAACCUUUACAGGAGCCUCAUACAGCCGGUUACGAUUUCAAUAAUUUUGAAAGACCACAUAUGGGGACUGUCGGUACUGGACCAUCGUCAGAUUGUUGGUCUGAGUCUCAUGCUGGGCAACAAUUGUCGCGUGUUGUCGAUAAUCAUAAAAGUAAACGUGAGAAGAAAAUGCAUAAAACUUUAGAUCGUAAUGCUUAUGAAAAUCCUGAGCGGCGUAGUUCGAAUUCCACCCAUUCCUGUGCCUCUAGUCGCUAUGGUGGUUACAAUUCCUUUGAUCGUGGCUUAUACGGUGUACGCAAAAGUGGUACGCUAAACAAUAUUGUUGGUAAUGGUAAUGGUGGUGCACAUAUGCCUGGUAUCGGUGUUAUGCAUGGUCGCAAUUCAUCGUCUUCAUCAGCUGCAUCAUCGAAUAUAUCAGCUCAGCGUAUAUCGGGUGCACAAACCAUAGCCCUCUCAACGGAUAGACAUCUACAGCAACAGCAGCGCGGUGGACGCGGCAAUAUACCAGGUGUGGCACGGGAACGUGAGCGUAAUCAAGAGCGCGAACACGAGCACCUUUUCAGUCGUUCGUCGCUCGAUCGUAGCAGCACUCUCCCGCAACAUCCACAUCAAAAUUCUGAAGAUGAUAUGAUGCUACCAGGUAGUAAUGUAGAGCGCACUAAUUUAAUCGAUAAUGAAGAUGGUUCUUGUAUUAUAAAUAGCAACAGCACAACAUCAUUUUGCGGUGGCCAUAACCAAAUGAACGAUACCAACGUGGGAAAUAGUAAAGCAAAUAAUCCCGCUUUGGCCAAAACUAAUACGAAAAACACCACACAUUCCAACUCAUUCAUGUUGCCAACUAGCUAUCACAACCACCAGCAAAAACUUCCAUCUGCAAUAAACACUGCAAAACAACAAAAGCGACAGGAAACAACAGUAUCCACCGCAAAUACGUAUAUAAGUCCAACGGAGUCAGUUGCUGCCAAUUCCGGCACUUCUAACGCAUCAGGCACAUCAUCGACUGCCUCCGAAUCUGCCAGUAAUCGUAGUAAGAACUCUGACAUGCUUGUCGCUGAACACGGAUUUGUACGCUUUCGCGCCAUUGACGACAUGAACAAUGCACAAGGUGUUGGCAUACACAACGCAUCCGUACGCAAUUAAGUUCGUCGCUUUCUUGAUUAUCUGUUGCUACAUACCUAAUUAACUUAUAAUGCCAGAAAGUAAAUGUUUAUUUUUUUCAUUAAAAUUUUAGCAAUAAAGCUUUGUUAGCUGUGAGUAUUUUCUUCAUCUCAACAUGAAUUAUAUACAUACAUACAUAUACACAAGAGAGCAGCAUUUUAUUGCACAUUUCUCCAACUACUGUUUUAUUGUAGCUAUUGCCCAUUCUUUAAUCAUUCUUAUAGCCUCAUACCCUCAUUAUUAUUUUUGAAGUUUUGUUGAAAUACAAUUAAUUCACAGUGACAAAACGCUUUUGUGAUACCUACUUAUAAAAGAGAUAAUUGACUACGUGCUUAUGGAAAUCUCGAGGUAGCUAAUUAUUAAUAAAUUUUAUUCGGUUAUUGUACAAUUAUAGAUGCGUACGUAUUUUUUCAGUUUUAAUUACUUUGAACUAUUGUGUAUAACAAUAUCUUAUUAUCUCUAUAGUUUUUAACAAAAAAAAAAAAAAAAAGAAAGAAAAAAAAAACAAAAACAAAAAAACUGCCCUCAACAUAUUUCAUUUUAAUAAAUCGAAUAUUGGUCAAUAUUUAGAUUUGCUUACGAUUUUUGAAUACCGUUUUACUUAAACCAAAAAAAAGUAUAUUUAUUGAAAAUACAAACAAUGCGAUUUCUUGUAUAUACAGUUAUUUUGUUUACCAAUCAACAUAAAACAAAUGAAAUACUCGUUUCUCUGAUAAUCGAUUGCAAGAUUUAUAUUAAAAUAAGUGUAAAAAAAAUAUAUAUAUAUACAUAAUUAUCUCAUAUGUUGCCCCCCUAAACAAAAUGCAAACAAACAAAAAAUGUAAUUUUCGCAAAUUGAAUUAAAUAAUUAAAAGAAAAUGCCAAAAUAGCAACUUAUUGUAGCACAUGGAAAUCACUUUUUUUUGAGUGCUUUCGAAUUUUAUGACGUUCUAUCUUUUUCAAUUUUACGUUAUAAUGCUUAUUAUUUAUGCAACCCUAACGGUUGGAGCCGACAACAUACAUAUUAAAAGAUAAUUUAAAAAUGACAUAAACAAUUUGUGGCCAGCUGUUAGUUUAAUCUUUAAUAUAAUUUUAUCAAAAUUUGCUAACACAUAUUUAACUUUUCUACUUUUCUUUUACUAAGCAACAAGCAUAGCAAAACAACAGUUGUAGUCAUAAUUAACAAAAAAAAUUCAAUAAUUUCGAACGCUAAACGAUACAUUUCUCGCAUAAGUAAUAAAUGUAAUGAGCCAAUUUGCCACUCAUUUCAGCUCUUUGAGAUGCUCAAAUCACCUUCAUAGUACAUUUACAAAACACUUGAAACAAGUAAUAGUAAUAUAGGGUAUACUUAAUACAUUUUACAUAAAAGAAACGUUUAUUAUAUAUUCAUAAAUAGCGUUAUUGUUAAUCUCAAAUCAUAUGACACCCUUAGCAUAGUAUUAAGAAAGAUAUCACACCAUAUUGUAUAAUGUAUGUAGUUAGACGAACUUGCGCGCGUAUAUAGUUUUAUCGUGUGAACAGCAUUUUAGCUGGUUGUGUAUACUGUCAUCGGAAAACAUUUUUUUUUAUUUCCACUUCCCUUCAUCAAAUAUUUUACGUUAAAAUUACACACAUGAACACCAACCAUGAACCGAUAGUUUCGUUGUCAUUCGCAUAUAAAACUAGAUAUGUGGGUUUGUAAUAAAGAACAAUAAUAAAAAAUUGAAUAAGAUUUGAACUGAUUAA